GGUGAAGAAGAGGGUGACGGCUAGUGAACCGCGGAGGGAGGAUAGUCGUAUCAUUCAACAAGCAGUGUGCGCAAGCCUUGAUAACGGAUUCCCGGUGGGUACAAAACCGGCUAUCAUAAACAGUAACUCCCGGUGAGUCGUCAAAGAAGUUUACGAGUAGAGAGCAGGGAAUUCUGUAGAAGUUCAAAUUCAUGAUAGGAGUUUGUGGACCAACCGACGACCGUUGCGCGUAUAAACCGAAGACAGGACACUCAACAUUCCGCUGUCAGCAUGGAGCAUUUGUUCACGUCCCCACUUGUGUUUGUCAUUCUUUUACAGAUCGUCCCCUCUGUGCCAGUGUCGGUGUUCACCACUGCACCUAUCGUAGAGGUUCGUGAGAACAAAGAUGCAGAGCUGUCGUGUGAGUUUAAAACGGAGAGAGAUGAACACCCUCGGAUUGAAUGGAAGAAGACCAGAGGAACGCGCUCUUCUUCUCCAGACUUUGUCUACUUUGAGGGAGAGUUCCGAAAGAGUUUUAAGGGCCGGGCUCACAUGGAUGGGGCGACAAUAAAACUGAAGCGGGUGACUCAGGAGGAUGCGGGGGAGUACCGCUGUGAAGUCAGCGCUGCCACAGACACUGUUCAGCUGGGAGAGGCCAACAUCACCAUUAUAGUGUUAGUGCCCCCCCAGACCCCCUCGUGUGAGAUCCCAAGCAGGGUGCUGACUGGCGCGGUGGUGGAGAUGCACUGCAGGGAACCCCACGGCGUGCCCGCGGCCACCUACACCUGGUACAAAGACAACAAGGCCCUGCGUCCCUCAUUCAACGCCACCUACACCAUCAACCCCCACACUGGUGUGCUGAUGUUUACAUCUGUCACAAAGGCAGACACUGGGCAGUACCACUGUGAGGCGCGGAAUAAGGCAGGACCGCCCAAAAGCUGCGAGGGAGUCCACGUGAAAAUAGAUGAUCUAAAUGUCCCAGCGAUCAUAGCAGGAGUGGUGGUGGUCUGUCUGGUUAUUGCUCUCUGUGUCUUUGGAGCGUGCUAUGCUCAUAGGCAUGGCUUUUUCAGCAGACACAGAGGAAGGUCAUUCUGGAUCACCCAGUGCCAGGGCGCCGCCCACAUCAGCAGGCAGAACCUCAACAGAACUGAAGAUAUGAACACACGGUACAGCCCCCCUCCUGAAGAGAAACAGCAGGACUUCAAGCACACUCACUCUUUCAUGCUGUAAUGGAGCCAAUGCCUUCAAGCGAGGAUAAACUCACUCAGUCGCUCACUCACAUCCGUAUUGUACGGAGGUUUAUCGUACGGAAGGAUCCACAGAUUCGGUGCCAGCGUACGUAGAUGGACAUCAAAAGUGGCCAAAAGAUUUUUGAACUCAUCAAUUCCACUUGUGUGGCUUUUUUUUUCUUACUUCUCCACUGGCCAAACACAUGGUAAUGUGUCUUACACUCCUUAACGCCCUCUAGUGGUGGCCAGUCCUUCGUUCAGAAAGACUUGAAAAGUGCAUACAGGUGCCAUACUUUUGAGGAUCUCGCUUCUCUGCCAGUGUACAUACAGUGCAAAUAGAUGGAGCGGAGUGAUGCUCCACACAGCUUAAAUUAAUAACAGCUUUCAGUGAACACAUUCAUGGUGCCUUAGUUUGUCUGGAGUGGUCUGUGUAUCAGUUAUGUAAAUAAUUGUGAGUUUCUUUGCCAUAAAGAGAAUUUGUAUGCUAUUUUUCUUUGGAGAUUUGUAUGGAUGUGUGAAUGUAAGGAUUGUUUUGUUUGUUUGUUUGUUUCUGCACACUAUUGUUGUUAUUAAAGGAUUUUGUAAAAACAUG